AACCCCGUGGAUCGCAGAGGAACGCUACGCUGCGCCGCGCGCCGCAGUCGCAGAGUGGCAGCUGAGCCGUACAGAAGGAGACCGCUCUCAUUCACAGAACCUAGCAGCCAUGGACAAGAGCCAACAUGUGCAGAGGGCCAAACUGGCGGAGCAGGCUGAGCGCUACGAUGACAUGGCCGACUCCAUGAAGAAAGUGACUGAGCUUGGAGAGGAGCUGAUCGACGAGGAGAGAAACCUGCUCUCUGUGGCCUACAAGAAUGUUGUGGGUGCCCGCCGGUCCGCCUGGAGGGUGGUGUCCAGCAUCGAGCAGAAGACCGAGGGCAGUGACAAACAGCAGAUGGCUAAAGAGUACCGUGAGAAGAUUGAGUCUGAGCUGAAGACCAUCUGCAAAGACGUUCUGCAUCUCCUGGACAAGUUUCUGAUCCGCAGCACUUCUCCAGCAGAGAGCCAGGUGUUCUACCUGAAGAUGAAGGGAGACUAUUACCGCUACCUGGCUGAGGUCGCCACAGGAGACGAGAAAGCCGAUAUCAUCCAGAAGUCUCAGGAAGGGUACCAGGCCGCCUUUGACAUCAGCAAAGACAACAUGCAGCCCACUCAUCCCAUCCGCCUGGGCCUGGCUCUCAACUUUUCAGUCUUUUACUACGAGAUCCUGAACUCUCCAGAGCAGGCCUGUGAACUUGCCAAGAAGGUUAGACUGUGGACCUCUGACAAUCAGGCCGAUGGUGAGGACACAGAGGAGGGCCGGGAAAACUAA